AAAAAACACUGCUCUGAUUCAUAAAUAUAAAAAGAUCCUCUGAGGAGGGCACUUUUGUGAUGGCAACUUCACUUCUAGGGGAGGAGCCGAGAUUAGGUUCGACUCCUUUAGCCAUGUUGGCUGCGACGUGCAACAAAAUCGGGAGUCCCUCUCCGUCCUCGAUUUCGGAUAACUCUUCGUCGUUUGGGAAAGGAUUUCACCCGUGGAAACGAGCGGCGGCUAGCAGCUGUAGUUUGGGGUCCAGUUUAUCUACUUUCGGAGUCACCAGGAACGGUAGCGGUUUAGCGGAGUCAUUUGGCACGAACAGCACAACAGGAUCCAGUGCUUUCUCCUUGACGUCUGGUACCUCAUCUAACUCCCAUUUCGGAAACGAUUACUCUGUUUUCCAAUCGUCCGUUUCGAACAGCUCUCAGGAGCCCGGUCAUCAGCCGGUAUUUAUUUCUAAGGUGCACACGUCCGUGGACAGUUUGCAAGGUAUCUAUCCGAGAAUGAGCGUGGCGCAUCCGUACGAGUCAUGGUUCAAGUCGUCGCAUCCGGGCAUUCCCACAGGUGAUGUAGGCACUACAGGAGCAUCUGCUUGGUGGGAUGUGGGAGCGGGCUGGAUUGAUGUUCAGAACCCGAAUGGUGCCGCUCUACAGACGUCCCUGCACUCAGGAGGGCUGCAGACGUCGUUGCACUCUCCCCUGGGGGGAUACAACUCGGACUAUUCCAGUUUAAGUCACUCUGCCUUUAGUACGAGUGCGUCCCCGCAUCUCCUGACAACGGGUCAACAUAUAAUGGACGGAUUCAAACCGGUACUCUCCUCCUAUCCAGACACUAGCCCCUCUCCCCUGGGUGGAGCGGCAGGUACCAUGUUGACCGGAGGUCCAUCAACCUCGUUAGCGGGGUCUCCGAGAUCUUCGGCACGGCGCUACUCGGGCAGAGCCACUUGUGACUGCCCGAACUGCCAGGAAGCAGAGCGUCUAGGGCCAGCGGGGGCAAGCCUUCGAAGGAAAGGGCUCCAUAGCUGUCACAUUCCUGGUUGCGGAAAGGUGUAUGGUAAAACCUCGCACCUCAAGGCACAUUUGAGAUGGCACACGGGCGAAAGACCGUUUGUGUGUAACUGGCUGUUCUGUGGGAAAAGAUUCACGCGCUCCGAUGAACUCCAGCGACAUUUACGCACGCACACAGGCGAGAAGCGCUUUGCUUGUCCCGUGUGCAACAAACGGUUUAUGCGGAGCGAUCACCUCAGUAAACAUGUCAAAACACACAGUGCCGGAGGCUCCACGGGGUCAGGAUCCGGGGGCAGCGGAGGCAAACGAGGUAGUGAUACCGACAGCGAGCACAGCGUGCCUGGUAGUCCCUCGUGCCAUUCGCCUGACCUGCUGCAACCCACCGAGGCAGUUCCGCCAGGCCUGAACGGCCGCGGUAACUCCCUCGAUUAAUUAUGCGUAAAUUGAACCUGAAUUGGGAACUGUAAGACUUGAGUGGGUUCAUAACCUAUGUCCACAGACAGGUUUCUUUUGUUAUUUGAGAAACGCUUGAGGCCAUUUCACUUUGAUGUUAUCGUGAGCUAAAAUCCACAGUGAGUUUUGUUCCGGUGAAAUUCGCCAUGACACAGUCACGGGAAUAAAGAGUAAACUUUAAGGAAAAUCUGGACACAAGACGAAUUUGCUUAAAACGCACAUAUUAGUGGGUACGUAUCGGAUGUAGCCUAAUUUACGCAGCGCAAGUUUCGAAAUGUCAAUAAGUGAAGUGGCCAGCAAUAUUUUGUUUCUGGUAUGUUUUCUCAAAACCAAACAGUGGCACUUUAUUCAUGAACACUACUGAAAUUCAUCUGUGUGGCUAAUCGGGCAACAAUAAUAAAAAUGACUUAGGGUUGCCAAGUCUUUUCGCCAUUUAUCAAUUUAUUUCUUUAAUAUUGGAAAAUAGCUUAUAUAAAUCGCAUUUUGGUCUUCAUUCAAGCAGAAUACAAAAGCUGAUCAUAUUUGUAUGAAAUGUACUUAUUUCCUAUCGCUGCAAACGAAUGUACAUACUGAAAAUGUAUAGAAUAGUUUAGAAGAUUAUUACAUUCCGGUGUAAAAGUUUGGGUAAUGUAUUGUCCAAGAUUCAAUUUUUGUAUAGUAUUUUUAGUUGUAUAUUGACACUAGUAAAUAUAUAAAAUUGUAUGGGAGUGCAUUUUUGUCAAGCCGUCAUAUUUAUCCAUGAACUGAACAUGUUUUUGGCGAUCUACAAUAGUCGAACUUUUAAACUGUAAAGAUUUAAAAAUCGGAAAUUCAUUCGAUGUUUAAUCAGGUUUUCUAAUUUAUGUGAGCAUGCACAUGUAAGAUGAGCGUUCAUUUCACAGCAUUAAUUUUCAAGAUUGGCUCUCUAAUUUAAGCCACUGAAUAAAGUCA